AUGUGCGCUCAAAGCUACGAGGCGACCAAUUCAAAGCCUUAUUCAUAUCACGAGCAACGGGGAUACAACUCGAACUAUUUCCCGGCGCAAAUGCACGACGCUCACGAGUGUCCCAGCUCGGCGCCAUUCACUGAAUGUUGCUUUGAUCCAUACAUCUCAAAUCAAAACCAAAAUCCUUUCAACUACCCGGAAUGUGUGACCGAUUGCCCGUUGAUGCCAUUGGAUUGUAUCCCGUUGGAUCCAUUCGGUCAAUGUCCACCUGAUCCGUGCCCUGAUUGUGAUCCAAAGCAGCCGGCUGUCCCGAUUGGUUCAAUUACGCACUCGAUUUUUCCAAUGGACAAUCAAAAGCCGAUUCUUUGCGAGCAUUCGAUAUCUCUGCAUAACCAUGAUGAUCAGGGAAAUAUCACGAUCUCGCAUGGACAUUACAGUCAUCAAGAUGGAGGAUUUCACUCACAAUGCAAAAGGAUGAGGCCAUCAACGCCCGAAUUUUCAGUGAAACAAAUCGCUCGCGAGUUGGCUGAGGAGUGUGAGCAUUUGUUGAGACGGGACGAGUGCUUCCAUUGUAAUCGAAACUGUGAUAGUGUGCCGUUUUCGGAUAUUUCUGACGCGAAAAUCUCGGAUAUUUCUGAGCCAGGAAACAAGAAAAUUCGAAAUAAAGAAGCUGCACAGAAGUAUCGGAACAAGCUCAAGUCAAAAUAUAACAAUAUGUUGGAAGAGGAGAAAAAGCUGGAAAAUGAGCACGAAAAGCUGAAGAAAGUCGUUGACAAGCUUGAUGCUGAGGUUCAAUUCUAUCGCCAACAGCUUCUUGAAAAUGCCGCUUUUUGGCGUAAAACAAAUGGAAUUUUA